CUUCAAUUUCUUCUCUCUCACUACUCUUUGGUCUUGACAAUAUUAAAGACAACGACAAGGACAAAGAGCCCACUCAUACUGUAAAUUUACUGUCACUUUCGAGGGCUUUCGGAGUCUUAUUAUGUCCGACUGUGAGACUUCCGCGAACAUGCUUUAUUGAUGUAAUUUAGCUGGACAUCGAGGACCCCCUAGGCAAGACCUCGCAUCGCUCUUCGCAGUACCGAAAGUAAAUUAACUGCCGAGGACAGGAAAAUGCACUGCCAAACGCACCACAGUAUCUAUCAAUCCUGCCAGAGAAGCUCACUGUUCACUGUCUGGAGCCUUGAUACAGCAUAUUCUGCUGGGCUGUGACAACGGAACAGCUGUUCUAUCACAUGGGUACAGUGCUUCCAUGAAACUACUGGCAGUCUUCUCUACUGUAACAUGCUUCAACGUGGUAGUCACUACUUGAGGUGGAACCUUCCGUGUGUCUCGGGUUUCCGAACACAGUUCAUGUCAAACUUUGUCCUCGUCGAGCAUUUCCAGGGUGGUAUCCUGUGCCAUGAGCACAUCGGACGUCGGGCAUCUGUGCUCCCAAAUGUCGUGAUACUUGCUCAGUACUGUACUUUCGUACUUUCGACCUGCUGGUAAGAGAAUGAAGAAUGGUGCAGAGGCACGGUAAUAAGCAGAAAUGAAACAGACGCGGCCAGACUAAAUACCUUACCAUUGUUGGAUUAAUAAUUAGUCUUCUAGCCUAUCAGAACUGCGUGUGGCGGGCUGAUGUGCUGGACGGAUGGUCGGGCCCGGGCUUGUAACAAACCGCCAAUCGGCCGAGGAGCGACUAACUUCGCAAGCUCACUUUCAGCCUCUUUUGGUAUCAGUCGAGGCCGAAACUCAAAGUUCAACAUCACCAGCAGGGAGCCGGCAGUGAUGCCUUUAAAACUGUCGCUCACCCGCGAAUUCUAGGACCUGACAGUCUCUAUUAUUCUUUGGCCGGAUCUUCUAGACGUCAACUACCUACUAUCCGCAGUUUGUGGGGUACCCCGCAAGAAGCUAAUCCAUCACCAUGGGGAUGUGGAUACUUGAGUCCAAGUCCAUGGAACAUGUCCCUGGGACCACGAGAUAUUUUGACGACCCGGAGCGACCACAAGCUGCGACUGCUGAUUCUGCCGGCUUGAAAUGCGACACGAGUGGGAGUGUUCCGAUCAUCCUCAUUCCUCAACCAAGCGAUGACCCCAAUGAUCCUCUGAACUGGCCACUAUGGAAGCGCGACGUGAUCAUGCUGAUCCUCUGCAUCGUGUCCAUCUUCGCGACAUCCCUCGGGCCAAUCCUGGCAGCAAAUACCAUUACAAUAUCAAUACUAUUUUCUCGAAGGUUUACCGAUGUUGCCAUUCUCACGGGGUACUUUCUUAUCGGCGUCGGUGUUGCAGGUAUAUUGUGCGUUCCAUCGGCGAGGAUAUGGGGAAAGAGACAUUUGUUUCUGCUUGGUACUGUGAUUACGAUCUUUUCAAGUGCUUGGGGAGGAGCAUCCACAAGCUAUGCUUCGCUUUUGUGGUCUAGGAUAUUUCAGGGAAUUGGUACAGCACCAUUUGAGGCAUUGGUAAAUGCUGCUGUAGGAGAUCUUUAUUUUGUUCAUGAACGUGGCAAGCGAAUGGCCCUCACAAAUCUCGCUGUUUUCGGAGGUGCCUUUUUUACUCCAAUUGUGGUUGGUAAGAUCACACACUCAAUUGGAUGGCCCUGGACAUUCUACUUCGUGGCUAUCUUUGCCGGUGCCUGCCUACCUCUGGUCAUCUUCUUCGUACCCGAGACUGCAUACCGCCGUGCAUCGCAUCUCAAUACCGAUUUGUUGGCUUCGGAUGCAACUCAUAGUCAGUCAUACCCAAAAUCAGAGGAUCCUGACCACCAGAUGCAGAAUUUGUAUCGACAAGUUCCCAUUGCGGAGCAAAGUACCAGAGAUGCAGAAACUGCCCACAAUGACACUAUGGGACCUAAUCCGAGCAUUCCUAAGCAAAGCUUCACUCAAUCGCUUCUUCCUUUUAAUGGUAGAGUCUCUGAUGAGAAUUUCUGGGAGUUGUUUCUCAGACCGUUCCCACUAUUCGCACAUCCCGCUAUUCUUUGGGCGUGUUUGAUUCAAGGCUCUAUGAUUGGAUGGACCGUAUUCAUUGGCAUAAUACUCGCCGCAAUCUUCAUCGGGCCUCCUCUUCUCUGGGGUGAAGUCAACACCGGAUAUGCUUACACAGGUGCAUUCCUCGGAGCAGUGAUAGGCUUCCUCAUAGCAGGAGCACUGGCCGACUGGAGCGCAAAGUACAUGACACGGAAGAAUGGCGGGAUUUAUGAACCUGAAUUUCGAAUCGUUCUUGUGAUCCCGCAAUUGAUCUUCGGCUGUGCGGGACUCUUCCUAUUUGGCAUCACGGCGAACAGACUCGUUGACUAUUCAUAUUACCUUCCAAUCCUUGGUUUCGGUUUAGAGGUUGGUGGGAUGGUGAUUGGCGCCGUGGCUGCUUCACUCUACAUUGUUGAUGCCCAUAGGGACAUCGCCGUUGAAGCCUUCACAUGUGUUCUCAUAUUUAAGAACUUCUUCACGGCCGGCUUGACAUGGAGCGCGUAUGACUGGCUUGUCAAAUCAGGGACCCUUGAAGUCUUCAUGUGGAUCUCAGGGAUCCAGGUAUUCAUCUGCCUGCUAAGUGUUCCGAUGUAUGUUUAUGGCAAGAAGAACAGGAGUUUCUUCCACAAGCAUGACAUCCAGAAGAUCACUGCCUCGGCAUUCCGUGCGUGCUGGCCGCCAACGCGCUUGAUGAAGAGAAAGAAGAUCCUGCCAAACAAUUGACGAUGCAAGUCCGCUUGAUUAAGAAGCCUCCAGCAGUUUUGCACAUGGCUUUCUAGCCCGAAUAUGCAACCUGAAGAUAGUGUAUAUCGAUCAUCGCUGAAUUCGUAUGGGUUAAAGAGCAUCCGUCAUAUGACUGGAUCCAUUUCUUACUCUCUGGGUCAGGCCCUACUCCUUCGUAGCGCUCCCGUUAUCCCCUUCAAUGAAAACAAACACAACACUUAUCCCACAAUUGCCAUUAAUACAGAUUAAGUCCCUGUCGAGAACCCUUCCGAACCAACAGACCAACGAGAAAUAGUAACACCGGCGCCCCAUAUUGUCUUUGGGCAUUGUUUGGGACCGACGCUGUUCGUUCCAUGCUCAGCUCCCACCAGAACUUUAAAUUUUUCACAAGUGGAGGACAACAAAAGUACCCCUCUUGGCUCACCAGUACUUAGGUCUUCAUCAAGCUUUUCAGAUAUAUCUAAGUUUAUCGUAACUUCCCAGCUGUCUGGACCCAAAAAGCCAGACUGGACCGGAAAGGAUCCGCUUGUCUGUUUCAUCUUGAGCUUACAAAUGCUCAAGAACAUCAUAGGUAUGGAUUGAGACUUUGAUUGAAUGUGGACUGGAUGAACGAGGAGAAGGUCAUAUUCACCCCGAACUUUAUGUGGUGCGUUCAGCCUAUUCGCCUCCUUGUGGGUUCUGGGAAAGAACUGCAAGAAAUCGAAUCAACACAGCAUCACACAUCAUCAUCAAAAUCUCUGGAUCAAAAACACAAUCAUGUGGAGGAGGUCACAUCAACGAAAACCGAAGUGAGCCCAGCUCGCCUAGCACAGACGAAAUCCUGUUUGACUGGUGAGCAGCGAAACUACUUCACAUGUAUCAAAACAGAUCGGAUAAGCUGCGGCUGGUCUCUAGACCUAGACUGGUUACCGAGACUUUGAUGUUCCCUCAUCUCUCCUACUUUAGUCAUAAGUGGUCGCCGAACCAAAGACGCUUCGUGCAGUAGUUGACACCUAGGCCGCUGUCACCUUGACAAGCGUACAAGAGCACUGGCAAUCGAGCUAUCUAGCUCAAGGAAACAUUUCGAUUGGCUUGUGAGGCAUUAAACUUCCAUUUUUAAGAGUAUUGAAGCAGCUCAGUGACAUACCUCACGUCUGCAUUACCGUAUUCGGUGCGGAGGAAUGCUCAAUCCGGAAUACACAUCUUUGUUCCAAAAACAAUCCAUAUGUGUAACUAAGCAAGUCUAUUUAGAUGUUCUAGAAAGAGUAGUAGUUUACAUCUGAAUACCUUGGGGCAUUGAAGAUAAUGCUGCCUCCUUGUCCAGGUCAGCCCCAGUCAGCGGAGAUAAACAAGACGUUUGGGAAGCUGGGCUGGUUCGAGG